ACGGCCGCCGGCCCUCUGGGCUCCUAUCGCCAUUCCGGAACCAAAAAAAACCGCGAAAAUCGUCCUCAUCUGCUCCGAAAGUCCCUCAGAUCCGUAGGUUACCACCGCAGACCGAUGACGCCGCACCUCUCCUUCUUCUCUCGGCCUAUUACAGCAUAUCCAAAUCCGUUAAUGGCCAUACGUAGGUUCUGUUAUCCCCAUCUUGAAAGCGAACCAUCUCCCUAACCCUAAACCUAUCGUAUGGAGAAGGUUUCCGACCCUUCCAGGUUUGGAGAGGUCGCCAACGCUGCUGAUGGCGGCGGCCAAGGAGGAGGAGAGGAAGAGAGUGAGAUGGACGUGGACGACCUGGUCCGUGAGCUUCUCGAGACAUUCGAGACUGUGCUGUCAUUUUCCGACUACCGCCGCACGCAGAAGAAAGAGUGCUAUAACCUCAUUCGCCGGAUGAAGCUGGUCGUUCCAUUGCUCGAAGAGAUUCGCGAUUCGGAGGUUCCUGUGCCGGAUGGGGUCUGCUCCAAGCUCUGCAGCCUCCGAGCGGCCUUCAAAGCUGCUAAGAAGCUGCUCAGAUGCUGCCAUGACGGAAGCAAGAUCUAUUUGGCUUUGGAGAGCGAGGCAGUGAUGGGCAGAUUUCACUUUGUUAAUGAGAAGUUGACUCAGGCGGUGGAAGACAUGCCGUAUAACGGACUUUACAUUUCAGAUGAAGCUAAAGAGCAGGUGGAGCUAAUGUGCUCUCAGCUCAAGAGAGCCAAGAGAAGAACAGAUACUCAAGACAUGGAGCUCGCCAUGGAUUUGAUGGUUGUGUUAUCCCAAAAGGAAGAAGAUCGAAAUGCAGACAGUUGCAUACUUGAACGGCUUGCAAAAAAAUUAGAUUUGCAAACUCUCCCCGACUUGGGAGCUGAAACAAUGGCUGUAAAAAUGCUCAUAAAAGAAAGACAUUCACAAAAUACGGAAUCCACACAGCAAAUAAUAGAUCUUCUGAACAAAUUCAAACAAAAUGCCGGCAUAGAAGAUAGUACCGACGUGUUAAAUGAGGUGAUUUUACCCAAAUAUUUAGAGAAAUGCCCUUCCUUGAUGAUUCCAAAUGACUUCCUUUGCCCAAUAUCUUUGGAAAUUAUGACUGACCCUGUUAUUAUUGCAACUGGGCAGACAUACGAGAGAUCAAGCAUACAAAAAUGGCUGGAUGCCGGGCACCGGAACUGUCCGAAGACCAGACAGCCUCUGGCUCACCUUUCUCUCGCCCCCAACUACGCUCUUCGCAAUUUGAUUUCUCAAUGGUGUAUGAAGAAUAAAGUGGAGUUGAAGAAGAAAGUAGUAUUGCCCGAUUCAAAGCCCAAGAACUACAAGGAGGAAAUCGAAGCUCUGGUUCAAGAUCUCUCCUCCUUACAUCUCGAUGUGCAGCGAAAAUCGGUCAAGCGAAUUCGAAUGCUUUCGAAGGAGAAUCCUGAAACCCGAAUCUUGUUUGCCAAGUGCGGCGGAGUCCCCUCCCUGGUCAAUCUUCUCUCCUAUCCUGAUUCAAAGAUUCAGGAGAAUACUGUCACUGCUCUACUCAACUUAUCCAUCGAUGAAGCAAACAAACAGCUUAUAACUAAAGCCGGAGCCAUCCCUCCCAUCAUUGGCGUAUUGAAAGGCGGCACAAUGGAGGCUCGGGGGAAUUCCGCCGCCGCGCUUUUCAGCCUAUCCAUGCUCGAUGAGAACAAGGCGGUGAUUGGGGAUUUAAAUGGCAUCCCACCAUUGAUAGAUCUCUUGCAGAACGGAACGCUCGCUGGUAAAAAGGAUGCCACCAUUGCUCUCUUCAAUCUAUGUUUGAAAUCGACGAACAAGACAAGAGCCAUCGAAGCCGGAAUUGUAAAACCUUUGCUUCAAGCACUUGAUGAUGAGAAGUUAGGCAUGACUGACGAAGCUCUCUCCAUUCUGUUGCUUCUUUCAUCAAAUUCUGAUGGGCGUGCAGAAAUAGGAGAACUCUCCUUCAUUGAAAAGCUUGUUGGCUAUAUUAAAAAUGGAUCACCUAAGAACAAAGAAUGUGCUUUAUCUGUUCUUCUUGAGCUCUGCACACACAAGUCAUCAGUCAUGUUGGUUUCACUUCAAUUUGGUGUUUAUGAACAUUUAUGUGAAGUUGCAGAAAGUGGAACACAGAGAGCUCAGAGGAAAGCCAAGUCUUUGCUGCAGCUCAUGAGAAAGAGUGGCCAAAUUUCAUAAAGAUUGUAUUUUUUUAAUCCGGGAUUCUUGGAAAACUUUAUAGAUGAAAUAUUAUGUUGUUUUAAUGAUAAAUUUGGUUCAAAAGUGGGGUUUGUGUCAUAAAUAUUGAUGUAUUGCUGUUAAAAUGUUUGUUGGAAGGGUGAUGUAAAGUAUUAUAAAGGCAUU